CCAGCCUCACAAAACCUCGCUUUCUCCAUGUUGCACACUGCUCUCGCUCUUUUAGGCACACCGGUUCACCGUAGUAUCUUUCCCUAUGUCUGGGGAGCAACAUUACACGCUGCUAGAAUAUCCUUGGUCUUUAACAGUCAAAUCCGCGCGUCAAAAAGUCAACUUUCUGUUGGCGCCAAUUUGAUAGGUUAUCUCAUUAUGUGCUGGGGUGGGUCGCUAGCAGUCCACAUGUUGCUCUCCCUUCCACCACCGCAUCUGUACACAUUCGCACCAUGGCUCAACUAUGCCGCGGUUCAUUUGUUGGUUUCGUCUCUCCUCAGUUAUCUCCCUAUCCCCGACCCAGCUCACGCAAACGCGCUUCUUUUCCCACUCGAUGGACUGUUGCGCACGAAUAGCGUUCUCCAAGCAGUUUCGCUGCUCAACCUUUCAAAAAAUCUCAACCCUCUACUGUCCGAAUCACCCCUUUUUCAUUUCAUUCUGGGUGCUGCGGCCUCUUCUGGUGGGGGUCUUCUUGGCGGAACGCUGGGAGUAUGGACUUCGAAUUGGCAGGUUUCGACGCCUCCCCCACUCCGAAUUGGAGUCUGGGGGGUUUGGAGCACGCUGGAUAUUUGGGCUGGAGGAGUUAUCGCAUGCGUAUAUGGCCUUUUGACUGCCCACCCCGCGUUUCUCCCUCUUCGAGCCUUGCUCACCUCACAAAAAGCAGCAACAAUUCAUACUGCCCGAACUUUGUCGGCUGCACUGAUGAUCGCGUUUUUUGGCCUGCGUGUUCUUGCUACAAGCCCUAAAGCACCCGUCGUGCAGAAGAAACCUGGGCAAAAGGAAAAGACGCAAUAA